AUGAAACAAUAAUAAUAAGUGAAGGAGAAAUAAUGAAUGAAUAUGAAUAAGAAAGAAAAGGAAAAAGUGGGGGUGGGUUCUGUACUGUCUAGGGCUGUCCCCCCCACCCAACACACAGUGUUUGUUUCUCUCUCCAAAGUCCAAAAGGCACUAAUACUAUUACUAUCUAUCCAUCACACAUUGGCUUUUGUUGUUUGUGAGCUUCCUAUGCAUUUGUCCAUGUCUGCUGCUCCCUCUUCUCACUACCUGCAGAUGAGGGGAGGAGGGGUUAGACAAUCAUACUUUGAAUCCCUUGUUAUCAUUUGAUCCUCUUCUUCUUUUUUCUCUAUCACUCUGUUUCUGUUCUGUUGUGUUGUGUUCUGUUUACAGUCCCAUUCCUCUGCUCCUCCCCUGUUUUGUGGUGCCCCUCCAAAAACAUGAAUUCCCCCUUUUCUUUUUUCAUGAUUUGACCUCAUUUCCCAUUCCCAUUUUCACUACACUUCCCUCUUUCUGGGUUUCCCCUUUUUAAAAUCCACUUGAUUACUUCCCUUCUUUAUCUUCUUUUUUUCCUUUUUAUAUUCUUCUUGCUUUAGUUACUUACUUACUUUCACUUUGAAACCUCACAGAGAAAACCACCCAAAAAAAAAAAAACUUUUUUGUGUUCAUGGAAAUUGAUCUGAACCAUGCAGUGACUGAGGUUGAAAAGAAUGCAACUUGCAAUGGUGGCUGUCACAAAGAACAAGCAACUGCUUCUUGUGUGUGCUGUGUGCCAUCAUCAUCAUCAUCAUCAUCCUCAUCCUCUGCUGUGUCUUCUUCUUCGUAUCUGGAGCUAUGGCAUGCUUGUGCUGGCCCUCUUACUUCUCUCCCAAAGAAGGGGAAUGUGGUUGUCUACUUCCCACAAGGGCACUUAGAGCAAGCUGCAUCUUUCUCUCCCUUCACACCAUUGGAGAUUCCAACACAUGAUCUUCAACCACAGAUCUUCUGUAGAGUUGUCAAUGUCCAACUACUUGCCAAUAAGGAGAAUGAUGAGGUUUACACACAGGUCACUUUGCUUCCCCAAGCUGAGUUGGCAGGGAUGGGGAAAGAGCUUCUUGAGGAAUUGGGAGCUGAUGAAGAAGGAAAUGGAAGAACACCUACAAAAACAACACCUCACAUGUUCUGCAAGACACUCACAGCCUCUGAUACAAGCACUCAUGGUGGUUUCUCUGUUCCUCGUAGAGCUGCUGAAGAUUGUUUUCCUCCUUUGGAUUAUAAGCAGCAGAGACCCUCUCAAGAGCUUAUUGCAAAAGACCUGCAUGGUGUGGAGUGGAAAUUUCGCCAUAUUUACAGAGGUCAGCCGAGGCGGCAUCUACUCACUACCGGAUGGAGUAUUUUCGUUAGCCAAAAGAAUCUUGUGUCCGGUGAUGCUGUGCUUUUCCUAAGGGGUGAAAAUGGAGAAUUGAGAUUGGGAAUCAGAAGAGCUGUUCGACCAAGAAAUGGUCUUCCUGAGUCUAUUGUUGGUAACCAGAGUUGUUAUCCCAAUUUCCUUUCUUCUGUGGCUAAUGCUAUAUCAGCAAAAAGCAUGUUUCAUGUUUUCUACAGUCCAAGGGCAAGUCAUGCAGAUUUUGUUGUAUCCUAUCAAAAGUAUGCCAAAAGCAUCAAGAAUCCGGUGACCAUUGGCACAAGAUUCAAAAUGAAAUUUGAAAUGGAUGAAUCACCUGAAAGAAGGUGUACUAGUGGUAUAGUGACUGGAAUGAGUGAUUUGGAUCCAUACAGAUGGCCUAAAUCAAAAUGGAGGUGCUUAAUGGUCAGAUGGGAUGAGGAUAUGGAGACUAAUCAUCAGGAUCGAGUAUCUCCAUGGGAGAUCGAUCCUUCGGCUUCUCUCCCUCCAUUGAGUAUGCAGUGUUCCCCAAGGCUGAAGAAACUGCGGACAGGUCUGCAGGCUGCAUCAUCCAGUCACCUCAUCACUGGAGGCACUGGGUUUAUGGACUUGGAGGAGUCUGUAAGAUCGCCCAAGGUCUUGCAAGGUCAAGAAAAUACAGGUUUUAUGUCCCUAUAUUUUGGACGUGACACAGUAACUAAGCAGCCAGGUUUUGAGAUCAGUUCUCCCAAUCAUCCGAAUCUUGCAUCGGCCGGAGCAAGAAAGAUGACUGCUGCUGAGCUUAUGAGGGUUCACCCUCCUACAUAUGCAGGCUUCGUGGAACCUAAUAAUAGGUUUCCGAGGGUCUUGCAAGGUCAAGAAAUAUGUCCACUAAGGUCCCUGACAGGGAAGGUUGAUAUAAACCUCGGUGCUUGGGGUAAUAAACCAAGUAGUGCAAGUUGCACAACUUUCAACCUGCAUCAAGCUACCAGACCAAAAUUUGAUUCUUUAGGAUCAGAAGUCCUUCAAACUGCAUAUUUUCCUUAUGGUGAUAUUCACAAAGCUGGUCAUGGUAGCAGCAUGUUGUGCUCUAAACCGUCGAGUUUCCAAAGAGAUAUUGCGCCAUUUAACACUCCUCUGACUCAGGCAGGGAUAAUUAGAAAUGAAAUUGGAAGGUCUGGCCCUUCAAUCAUGCAUGAGCAGAAGCUGCCGGAGAAUGUUUCCGUGGUUUCUUCUUUAGGGGGAAACAGCAUGAGGAUGCCAGUUCCGGAUGAAGAGAAUCUCAAGGGGAAGAUAAAUGGAUGUAAACUAUUUGGAGUUGCCUUGUCUGGAGAAACUACCACCCAAAACGCUAAAAGGAGCUGCACAAAGGUUCACAAGCAAGGCAGCUUAGUUGGAAGAGCUAUCGAUCUCUCAAGAUUGAGCAGCUACACUGAUCUCUUCACUGAACUUGAGAGACUCUUUGGCAUGGAAGGCCUACUAAGAGAUCCUGAUAAGGGAUGGAGGAUCCUGUACACCGACAGCGAAAAUGACAUCAUGGUUGUCGGGGAUGACCCAUGGCAUGAGUUCUGCAAUGUGGUAUCAAAGAUUCAUAUAUAUACACAAGAGGAAGUGGAGAAGAUGACAAUUGGGAUUAUCAGUGAUGAUACACAGAGCUGUUUGGAACAGGCACCAGUCAAUAUGGAGGCUUCUAAGUCUUCCUCGGUGGGUCAACCAGAUUCUUCCCCAACAGUAGUUAGAGUCUAGUGUCCGUGUUCGGGGUUGCCUUUUUGUGUUUGCCCUCUUCUUUUCCUUUAUUUGCAAUAUAAUUGAAUGCAAUUUUCAUCUGUUGAUGCAAAGAUUGAUUACUACAAGAUGCGUUAGAGAACUGAAUUAUGUAAUAAGGCCGUUAUUUACCGCUGAAGCGUUAACUAAGGUUGACAUACUCUGAAAUAAUAAUCUUAGGCUCCGGGUCCAAUAUAACAACGCAAUAUGGAGAACAAUCUAGGACCUGACCAAGUGCGAACCUAGUACCAUUAACCACUGUCCGUGAUCCCGGUGAUUUAGGAUAUAUUCAUUUUUCACAAAACUAUUUUAUUUUUCCUGGUUUCGUUUCUUAUUUCUGGCCUUCAGGCUCAAAGCCAUCCAAUGAGUACGAAAGAACCUUUUUUUAGUUAGGCCCAAGAAUCAAGGUGGAGGCAUUGCUUCGUUCAUUUUCUUCGGAGAGGAGGCAACAGAAUAGCAGUAACUAGCAAGCCAGAUUGGUGAGUGAACUUUUGGACUUCAAUGCUUGCCUCCCCUGCUCUGGUUCCAUGCCACUUUAACUUGCACACUGUUCGAUGGCCAAACAAUUCAAGUCGGAAGAAACUCAAGAAAUAUGUUCUUCAAACAGAGACCAUCAAUUUCAAGGAGAGAGUACCACUUAAUCACUUAUCUACCAGUUUCCUUUACAAACGGGUAAAUCAUAUAUUACAAAAUUGGGCAUAUAGCUGGGGGUGAUUGAGAUAAACCUACUUCUGAAUUCUGAUAUUUUACUAGAGAAUCCGAUGGCUAUACAUUUACAGGUAAUUUGCUCUCAGCAGAGCCAAAAUUGAAGAUAAAAUAUUCUCAAUGCAGAACUCCCCACCAUAUCAAAAUGAACUGCGUCCAUCCAGACAAUGUAGCAUGCCUAGUUGACAACACGAAUUAUAUAGCCUGCGACGGACC